UGGUAGGUAUCAAGGUAUCUUAUUAAAUACUCAAUUAUAAUUAUUGCCGACAUGACCAGUUUAAAACGAAAAUCUCCACAUAUUCGUUUUGCGUUUCAUUUGAGACUUCGAACUGAAAUAGUCAGCUGGUUCGUUUCUAGCAAAUUCACGUGAAUUCUGCUUCGCAUUGCCCAUCGAAAAAACUGGCGUAUACUUUUGGACUAUUUUCAUUUGUGAUAUUAGUAAUUUGCUCUAAAAUUUCUCGUCAAAACAAACGGAACUAUGAAUACCAAUCGAUUCAAUACCUCUCGAACCCCGAAAAAUGUUCCAGCUCCCGUGCCAACUCAAUUUCCUCCUAAUUCGUCAUAUUAUGAAGAUUUGGUCUUUCCAUACUGUGAAGAUAUUUCUGGCUAUGAACGGCUCACGAAAAUUGGGCAAGGAACUUUCGGGGAGGUCUUCAAAGCUCGGGCCCGCGACUCUGGCAGAAUUGUUGCGCUCAAGAAGAUCCUGAUGGACAAUGAAAAAGAAGGGUUUCCCAUAACUGCUCUUCGCGAGAUCCGUAUUUUAAAGUUGCUUAAUCAUGAAAAUGUUGUGAGUCUACUGGGCAUAAGCAGGCAAAAAGGGUUCCAGCACAAAACAGCUGGCAAAGGAAGUUCCAACAAAAACAAUCCAGGACCCCCCUUUGGUAUCAACGUGUCAAUGUUUUUUCUGGUCUUUGAAUUCUGUGAACAUGAUCUUGCUGGACUGCUCUCUAAUGUUGCAGUCAAGUUCAACAUGGCUGAAAUCAAAAAGAUAAUGCAGCAGCUGCUGAAUGGCCUGUACUACAUUCAUUCCAACAACAUCCUCCAUCGUGACUUGAAAGCUUCCAAUGUUCUUAUCACGAAGAAAGGUGUUCUCAAGCUUGCAGAUUUUGGUCUGGCUCGAGCAUUUAGUAAACCUAGGAACCAGAAAAACCGGUACACAAACCGUGUGGUGACGCUGUGGUACCGCCCUCCGGAGCUGCUGCUGGGAGAGCGUAACUACGGACCUCAUGUGGACAUGUGGGGCGCGGGCUGCAUCAUGGCAGAGCUAUGGGUGCGCUCCCCUAUCCUUCAGGGCGAGUCAGAGCAGAGACAACUGUACCUCAUAUCUAAGCUCUGCGGUUCCAUUACUCCUGAAGUUUGGCCUAGUGUCGUGGAGCUAGAGAUGUAUGGUAAAAUAGAACUACUUGCCAAUGCACCAAGGAAAACCAAGGACAGACUAUUGCCAUACAUCAAAGACAACUCGGCUAUGGAGCUCAUAGACAAGUUGUUGGUACUGGACCCAAGCAAGCGCAUAGACGCGACCUUGGCUCUAGACCACGACUUCUUCUGGAACGAUCCCCUGCCAGCUGACCUGUCGACGACGCUCUCGCAUCACACCAUGAGCAUGUUCGAGUACCUCGCGCCUACGCGACACAGACGUGGCGCCAUUAAGCCAGCGGGACCGCAGCAACAAGUCAUGCCGCCCAGGAAUCAGGACAACAUAUCUUCUUACCAGGAGAGAGUUUACUGAACAUAGUAGGUGGUUAUUCCGGCCAGUGCUGUGGUGGAAAUUCCAUUGCCAGGUCGUUGUUAUAGUCGCCUCACUCUUCCCUCAUACAUGAAAUUAAUCGAUUUCUCAUGUCACUUGUGUUAGCGGGUUAAAUCGUGUACCAAAAGAUCUGCUAUUUCGCAAGGCUGGCCGCUUGUCCCUUCAUAGUGAUAUGAAAAAAUCGAAAUUCAAAGCUUUUGAAUUAGGUUCAGAGCUUCAUGAAUUGAAUUCAUAUGUCAUUGAAUAGGAUUCCAUGCUGGUAUAUAAUGCAGAAACAAGGAUAAGAAAAAGAUUUCCAGAAAGGCUCCCAUUCAUUAGUUUGAUCCCUGUGCUUUACUGCAUAUGAAGGCUGUUCCCAAUGUUUUGAUCGUGAUCAGCUGAGUACUUUUAACUAUUUAUUGCGUAAUUUAAGGACAAAUUAAUUAGGUGUUGCAUACGAGAAGACGAUGUUGCCGUUUCUGGUGUGUCGGACUCAAAGAAGUGUUAGAGUUAACUUGUUGCUUUCCAUGUUGUAUUAUUGUGAGAGCGCGGAGGAAACUCCUGUGCAAUUCAUGCUGUUCUUGGGCAACACGAUAAUAAUGAUUGAGAAUUUAAAGCAGCCAAUACGCAGUUUAAACUAGAAUAAUUUGUUUUCUCGCGUUUUUCUGUGUUUUCUUGAUUUGCUUUAGUUAAAGUUUAUCUGAAGCUCCACUAUGUCAAGUAAAUUCCAGUAUAUUUGGCCUUGUAGUGUCUCCAACGUAUCUCACAUCAGAAAUGAAGGUUUGGUGAACGUUAUAUUUCAUUACAUGGAUUCACUGUCGUUUACGUAAAAGUUAUCAUUAUCAUUUGCUGCUAAAUAAGCUAAUUCAUAUAUUUUUUUUUCCAUGAGGAUGUAAAUGUUAUUUGCCGUGAAAAUACGGUAUGACGUGCUCCUGUGAAUUUUUACUGAAAUUUCGUAUUUUCUUAGUUUUCUGGUCCGUAGAUUAGGAAAGGCACGUUUUCAAGGCCUAGAAUUGCGGAAAUUCUGAGUGGCCAUAGUAUAAAGGUCGAUCCCUAACGUUUGAAAUAAGCGGCUUUUUUUGUGGCGAAAAUUUUGAAUUCUAAAAUGUUCAAAAUUGUCGAUAAAAAAUUGGAACAACCAAUAAUAACAAUUAUUCUUCGAGUCAGUAAAUUAUCUGUUAUUACGAUAUUUCCCUCCUGUUCUCCGGACUCCUGUACAUGUGAAUAACUAGUUUUCAUAUUCUGCCUGCAGUUUGAUCUGUCGAAUUUUGACAUUCUUUUAGAUGUUGGACUCAAGCGUUUUCAUUUCUGUACGCAGCAAACAAAAAAAUCCAUAUUUACUUUAGUGUUGUUGUUAACGUCACGGGUUAUUGGUUUCUGUGACAGCGUUCAGUUCAGCCGUUAGUGUACACCUCUCUUCUUGAAGACGUCAUUUGAUAAUAAUUGCCAGUAGAUGUAAUGCAAAUGAUGGCACUCGGAUCUGUGGUUGUCAGGGAGUUUUUUGGCGACCCAGGUGCGCUUUGUUUGCCCAGCGUGAUUUUGUUAUCAAAAUUAAUUAUCUUUAAUGGGGUAAUCUUUGUGCUAAUGGCUCUUGUGGAGUGUCCAAUAUGCUCCGUUGAUGUCAAUUAUCAUAAUCGCAUAUUAGCUGUAAUUGUUCCACAAAUGGUGCUCUAUCGUAGCAGUCAGAGCAAGUCCGGGGGUGGGUUUGUACUAAGAAUGGAUUUUGGUUUCGUGAUAUAGUGAUCUGAAGUUUGUUCUGAUUCGAGCAAUGAUAAGGAAGUGAUGUCUGUUUAAUUAAUUGAAUUUGUGCUGCCAUUUACCAGGUGCUUCAUGUAUAACCUGUCUUGUGCCCAUUGUCGAUAUGCUAUCUAAACUUAAUAAUUAAAAACUGCGGAGCCACCAUUUAAAAAAAAUUUAACAUAACGUUUCUUCAUGUGGUAUAGCAACUAAUUUGCAUUAUGAUUAUCAUCUUAUCGAUUUAAAAAUCUGCGGUUUUUAUGUUGUGAAAAUGCGAAACGUUACAGGGAAUAGGUGUCUGUGACAGUUAAUGGUUAAAAAAGAACUUUCUGAAUCAAUUGAGUAGAUACCUCUAUGCUUUACUUCAAUACUGUUCUCACCAAAACGCAGGGUGUAGGUUACACUCGGUCACGCUACGAUGAUUUAAAACUUCUUCUACUCGUGUUUUGUGGAAGUUUUUGACCCAAGCAAGUGCGAAUGUGACCAGGUGCGUAUCAUUUGUUAAAAUGAUAUCCCACGUGUACUUGAACCACUUUUCUUGCCUCUUAGUUACAGCGUUGAUAAUGAUGAUAAAUGUAGCAAGGGGUCCGUAAAUAUCAUUCGCUUUUGUCAUCUACGGUUGCCGGCUCUAACAAUCAGUUAUCAGACUAACUGAAUACACUUAGGGUAUAUCAAUAUCAAUUAUAAAAACUGCUGAAUUUUUUGCUUUUGUGUUUCCCUGACCAUUUAUGGAUCGAACUGGUAUAUUUUACUAUAUGUAUAUCGAUCAUACUCCGCUUCCAGUUUGUAACCAAGGGAUCUGUUAAUCGUUCCACUAAUCUUUUAAUUUUUAUAAUUACAUCUGUACUCUUAAUAAUUCGUUAAUUUCUUUGAACUCAAUUAGAUUCGAAAGUUCAUUAAAGUAAAGAAAUUGGUUGAGCUGCUUAUCAUCUUCAGUUUUGAUAUAUUGGCCCACUUUAUCUGGAAGUUCCGUGUUAGUUUACGUUUCAGCUACUGUUUCCAAUGUGUUCAUUAUUGAAAUUUCCCUACUGAAUCUUAUUUGGUUUCGAUAUUGAUGUCACGAGACCAGGUUUCAUUAGAUUUAUUAGUUGAAUUCGGUGACGUAGUUAAAUGUAGGAAUAGAGCUUUAAUCGCUUAGAUUACCUUCAAAUUGUAAGUAGAACAAGUAAAUUUAGGCUACUUUAAAAUAUGAUAUUUCACUGGUUUCCAGCGUGUCUAUGGUUGUGCUUGUCCAAUUAUGCUCUGAAGAACAUAGCGAUACGCUAGCUGUGCGCUACUUGGAACGCCAUCAGCUGACUGUGCUCCGUUAUCUCUUGCCUGUCUGCUUAAUUUUAUGGUCAUCUGUGAUAAUGUCAUCGGUGUAAGGAUUUUCUACAGGUUUUCCAUGUAAACAAUGUUAGAGGAAUGUUAAAACAUAGCAAUGACAAGU